ACAUUAUGGUGGAUCCUGUGAUUGGGACUGUUGGAUUUGGAUCAGGCCUCCAUGGCUGGGCUUUUACUCUGAAGCAGUUCGCUGAGAUGUAUGUGGCCAAGUUUGCUGCGAAAGGAGAUGAGAAAAAAGCAGACCUUCCUCCGGCAGAACGGGCGAAGAAAGUGGAGGACAUGAUGAAAAAGCUUUGGGGAGAUAAGUACUUUGAUCCCUCUUGUGGAAAAUUCAGCAAAUCUGCAUCCAAUGCAGAUGGCAAGAAGCUUCCUCGUACUUUCUGCCAGCUUGUCUUGGAUCCAAUCUUUAAGGUUUUUCAUGCCAUUAUGAAUUUCCAAAAAGAAGAGACCCAGAAACUGAUUGAGAAGCUUGAAGUAAAGCUUGAUGCAGAAGACAAAGAAAAAGAAGGAAAACCUCUACUUAAGGCUGUGAUGCGCCGCUGGUUGCCUGCAGGUGAUGCUUUGCUCCAGAUGAUCACCAUCCAUCUUCCUUCUCCUGUCACUGCCCAAAGGUACCGCUGUGACCUGCUUUAUGAGGGACCUGGAGAUGAUGAGGCCGCCAUGGGUAUAAAGAACUGUGAUCCUAAAGCUCCGCUCAUGAUGUACAUCUCUAAGAUGGUGCCUUCCACUGACAAGGGUAGAUUCUAUGCCUUUGGUCGUGUCUUCUCUGGUGUCGUUUCUACAGGGCAGAAGGUGCGCAUCAUGGGCCCAAACUUCACACCAGGGAAAAAGGAGGACUUGUACAUAAAGCCAAUCCAAAGAACUAUCUUGAUGAUGGGUCGCUACGUAGAGCCCAUUGAAGAUGUGCCAUGCGGGAACAUUGUUGGUUUGGUUGGGGUUGAUCAGUUCCUGAUUAAGACUGGCACUAUUACCACUUUUGAGAAUGCUCACAACAUGCGUAUUAUGAAGUUCAGUGUUAGUCCUGUGGUGAGAGUUGCUGUGGAGGCCAAGAACCCAGCUGAUCUGCCAAAGUUGGUAGAGGGCCUUAAACGCCUGGCCAAGUCUGAUCCUAUGGUUCAGUGUUUCAUUGAAGAGUCUGGUGAGCACAUUGUGGCAGGUGCUGGAGAGCUUCAUCUGGAGAUCUGCCUGAAAGACCUUGAGGAAGAUCAUGCCUGCGUCCCCCUGAAGAAAUCAGACCCAGUUGUGCCAUGUCGUGAAACCGUCAGUGAGGAAUCAGACCAGGUUUGCUUGUCCAAGUCUCCCAACAAGCACAAUCGUCUGUACAUGAAAUGUCGGCCCUUUCCAGAUGGCCUAGCUGAGGACAUUGAUAAGGGUGAAGUGGCCGCUCGCCAGGAGCUCAAACAGAGAGCUCGCUACCUGACUGAGACGUACGAGUGGGAGGUCACUGAGGCCCGUAAGAUUUGGUGCUUCGGACCAGAUGGCACAGGGCCCAACAUUCUUGUGGAUGUCACAAAGGGAGUUCAGUAUCUGAAUGAGAUAAAGGACAGUGUAGUGGCUGGUUUCCAGUGGGCAACCAAAGAAGGUGCACUCUGUGAAGAGAACAUGCGUGCUGUCCGAUUUGACAUUCAUGAUGUCACUCUUCACGCUGAUGCCAUUCAUAGAGGUGGCGGUCAGAUCAUUCCCACAGCCCGCAGAGUUCUGUAUGCAUGUGUACUCACUGCCAAGCCAAGACUCAUGGAGCCCAUUUACCUGGUCGAGAUUCAGUGCCCAGAGCAGGUGGUUGGUGGCAUCUAUGGUGUGCUGAACAAAAAAAGAGGCCAUGUGUUUGAGGAGUCCCAAGUGGCUGGUACACCUAUAUUUGUUGUGAAGGCAUACCUACCUGUAAAUGAAUCAUUUGGCUUCACUGCAGACCUGAGGUCUAACACAAGUGGACAGGCCUUCCCUCAGUGUGUGUUUGACCACUGGCAGAUUUUGCCAGGUGAUCCAUAUGACGUAAACAGCAAACCUUGCCAAAUUGUGGCUGAGACCCGUAAACGCAAAGGUCUGAAGGAGGGCAUCCCAGCACUGGACAACUUCCUGGACAAACUAUAAACUUCUCUGGACUGUAAAUGGUGAUCGAAGCCAUUAAACUUACAAUGUUAACUUGAUGACUCUGUAAUCAAGUGUAUUGCGUAAUGUUUACACAUUCAAAAGAGGUUAAUUUAAAUAUUCAAAUCUGCAAUUUGCAAAUAAAAUCUGAGAUCGGUAAACAUGUCUGGAUGUGUCCAUAAAUAAAACCAAUAAAACAGCUA